GUGCAUUAUUCAGAAGAUACUAGCGGUCGCUUCAUUACUAUUCAGUGUAUGUCUGUUUCCAUUUGCAAUGUAACUGUUGUCCGAUACUGUUGCGACCUACAGUGAAUGGUUAUUGACAACGUGUUAGUCAAAAACGGCUGAAUGCUUAUCAUAGUCAAAUUUUGAAUUUGAAUGGCUUGCAUGCUAUCGGUGCACGGCCCCCGCCACAGACGGCGCUGAGCUGGUGUCACAUUACUCCGGUCUCCAGGGGCUGGAGUGGAAGUCCAGAUAAAGUGGUGAAACAGAAUGGAAUAAAAAAGGCCUCCUACAAGGCCAGGCGAUAGACUCGUCUCUAUCAGACAUAGGGAUGCAGCAGGCAGAGGCUGCAGGAAAAUACCUGGAAGACGUCAAGUUCACCAACGUGUUUGUCAGUGACAUGGCCCGUGCCCGCCAGACUUGCGAAGCGAUUGUAAAACACAACAGUAGUUGCUCAGGCCUAGAAAUUGUCACCGAGCCAUCACUUAAAGAGAGGAGUUUUGGGAGUGCCGAGGGGGGCCUGGUGGUGGACAUGAAGAACAUGGCUACAGCGGCUGGUCAGUCGUGGCUGGACUUCACUCCUCCAGGGGGAGAGACUAUAGAACAGAUGAAGACGCGGAUCAAAGAGUUUCUGGAGCACCUGUUCCAGCGCAUGGUGGCUGACCACUGCAGACCAGGACAGAGGGAGACAGUGAUGCCAGAGGGGGCUCUCGCAGGCAAGCCGGACGAUGGGAUCAGAAAUGUCCCUGCCCAUGCCCUGGUGGUCAGCCAUGGGGCCCUCAUACGUGUGGCCAUGCGCUACCUUGUGGACGAGCUAAAGUGUCCUUUACCCCAGGGGUUGGACAUGUCCCAUGUGAUCGCUCUCUGUCCCAACACGGGCAUAUGUCGGUUUAUCUUCACUGUGACAAAAGGGGAUGCGGGCAUCACCCUCUCAGCCAUCCGCUGUGUCUUCAUCAACAGGUGCGAGCACAUCUAAGAGGAGGGGGUUGAAGGAAAUCAUCUCCUGGUUCACACUAUAGGGCUGACUAGAACCGUACUGUGCCGUUUAGGAUAUUUUCUUUUCACAUUGUCCUUUCCAGCAUGGUUCCAGCAACUAAGGUAGAUAUCGUAACCAGGCCAGCCUAGUACAGCUUGGCCUGACUCGCCUUGGCCUCUAGAGUGUGAAUCGGGCUGACUAAGAUAUACACAGACUCCACAUAGGAAUCUGGUUUAGUUAUUUGAAAUUAUUUUAAGGCAUAUAUGUAUGUUUUGUCUGAAAGUAUCUUAAAAUGUACAUUCUGUAAAACAAUGAAGAAAAUAAACAAUCAUAUUUUGAA